UUUAAUCCACGUACGAGAAAUGACAAAGGCCUCAGAUCUUUUCUAGUCGCUACAUGCACGCACCAGUCUAAAUGCGCACGCCGCUUACCAUUCACCAAUUGUCCGCGCUGACGGGGAGAGCGGUCACUCGGACAUGGCCGUCUCGCUUGUGGCAUUGGUCGUUCUCCUGCUCACCAUCGUCGUCCCUCUCUUGUACAUCCUCCUCCUUUCCGGCAAGAAGCCUGCUCCUCCGCAGCGCCGUGGCGGCGGCAACGGACGGAGGCUGCCGCCGUCGCCGCCGGGACUCCCGCUGCUCGGCCACCUCCACCUCCUUGGCACGCUGCCUCACAGGGCGCUCCGGUCCGUGGCCGCUGCGCACGGCCCCGUCGUGCUGCUCCGGCUGGGCCGCGUGCCCACCGUGCUCGUGUCCUCCGCGGCCGCCGCAGAGGAGGUGAUGAAGACGCGCGACCUGGCCUUCGCUAGCCGGCCCAGGAGCGCCGUGGCCGACCGGCUCCUCUACGGGCGCGACGUCGCGUUCGCGCCCUACGGCGAGUAUUGGCGCCAGGCGCGGCGCAUCUGCGUGGUGCACCUGCUCAGCGCGCGCCGCAUCCAGUCCUUCCGCCGCGUCCGGGAGCAGGAGGCCGCCGCUCUGGUCGAUCACGUCCGCGCCCACGCCUUGGCGGGCGCGGUCGUGGACCUGAGCAACCUCCUCAUCGUCUACACCAACACCGUCGUGUCGCGCGCCGCGUUCGGCGACGAGAGCGCGCGCAGCUUGUACGACGACGGUGACAAGCACCGCAAUCUGAGGAAGGUGUUCAACGAGUUCCAGGAGCUGCUUGGGACGACGCCGGUGGGGGAGUUCCUGCCGUGGCUGGGCUGGGUGGACGCCAUGCGUGGGCUUGAGGGGAGGAUUAGAUGGACGUUCGAGGCGCUUGACGGCUUGCUCGAGAAGGUGAUUGACGAUCACCGCUGCAGGCCUCAUGUGAAUCGGCAGAUAGGAGAUGACGGCGACGGCGAUCACCGGGACUUCGUGGACGUGUUGCUGGACGUGCACAAGAAUGACAAGGAGUACGGCAUCCGUCUCGAGACGAACGAAAUCAAGGCCAUUAUCUUGGACAUGUUCGCGGCGGGCACCGACACCACCUACACGGUGAUGGAAUGGGCCAUGGCGGAGCUCGUCACCCACCCGCGCGCCAUGCGCAGGGUCCAGGACGAGAUCCGCGGGGCCGUCGACGUCGGCUCCACGGGCAGCGUCACCGAGGACCACCUCGACGCCCUGCAUUACCUGAAGGCCGUGGUCAAGGAGACGCUCCGGCUGCACGUGCCAAUCCCGCUUCUGGUGCCCCGCGAGCCGCCGGCGGACACCGAGAUCCUCGGGUACCACGUCCCGGCGCGCACGCGCGUCGUGAUCAACGCGUGGGCCAUCGCUCGGGACCCCGUGACGUGGGAGAAGGCCGAGGAGUUCGUGCCGGAGAGGUUCCUGGACAGUUCCGUGGACUACAAGGGGCAGCACUUGGAGCUGGUGCCGUUCGGCGCCGGGAGGAGGGGGUGCCCCGGGAUCGGGUUCGCCGAGGCAACCAUCGCGAUGGCGCUGGCGAGCUUGCUGUACCAUUUUGAUUGGGCCCAGACGGAGCGCAAAUCGCUGGACAUGAGCGAGAUGAACGGGAUGUCCGUGCAUAUCAAGUCCGGUGUGCUGCUUGUUGUUAAACCAUGGAUCCCUUAAGCUGACAGUCCAAAUUUUCAAAACCAAAAAAUAUAUAAAGAAAAUAAAAGGUUUUGCAAAAAACUAAAUAAAAUUCUAAGUGUGUAUAUGUGCCUUUAUACAUAUACAUAUGUGAGUAUUUGUGUUAUGUAUAUAAAUGCAUAUAUACAUUAAGGGCCAUUUUUCAUGAAAAAAUAUUUACAGAUAUAUAUAUAUA